UCGGAAUGGACCCUGGAUUAUCCCCCGUUUUUUGCUUGGUUUGAAUGUGCGCUUUCGCAUGUUGCCAAGUACUUUGACCCGGAGAUGCUGGUUAUCGAAAAUCUGAAUUACACCAGUCGUGCAACCGUCUUCUUCCAAAGAUUUUCUGUCAUCUUUACAGACAUUCUUUUCAUAUAUGCUGUUCGUGAGUGCUGCAGAUGUGUAAAUGGGAAACGAGCUGCAAAGGAUAUCCUGGAAAAACCAACCUUUAUUCUUGCUGUUCUGCUCUUGUGGAAUUUUGGGUUGUUAAUUGUGGAUCAUGUUCAUUUUCAGUACAACGGCUUUCUGUUUGGGCUGAUGCUGCUCUCUGUUGCCCGGCUGUGUCAGAAAAGAUAUUUGGAGGGCGCUCUUCUGUUUGCUGUUCUGCUGCAUUUCAAACACAUCUACAUAUAUGUGGCCCCAGCAUAUGGCAUUUAUUUAUUACGGUCCUAUUGCUUUACUGCAAAUAACGCAGAUGGAUCCCUGAAGUGGCGAAGUUUCAGUUUGCUUCACGUAACUCUUCUGGGACUGAUGGUCUGUCUUGUUUCUGCUCUUUCCUUGGGCCCCUUCAUAGUGUUGGGCCAGCUGCCUCAAGUCAUUUCACGGCUUUUUCCUUUCAAGCGAGGCCUCUGCCAUGCUUAUUGGGCCCCAAACUUCUGGGCCUUGUACAACGCCAUGGAUAAAGCACUGACAAUUUUGGGUUUAAAGUGUAAUUUUCUUGAUCCCACAAAAAUUCCUAAAGCCUCAAUGACAGGAGGGCUGGUUCAAGAAUUCCAGCAUACUGUCCUCCCUUCUGUGACUCCACUGGCAACAUUAAUCUGUACUUUCAUAUCUAUAUUGCCCUCUGUUUUCUGUCUUUGGUUUAAACCUCAAGGGCCCAGGGGCUUUCUUCAGUGCCUCGUGCUUUGUGCGUUGAGCUCCUUCAUGUUUGGCUGGCACGUGCAUGAAAAAGCAAUACUCCUCGCUAUUCUGCCUUUAAGCUUGCUGUCUGUUCAGAGAGCGAAGGAUGCUGGCAUCUACUUGAUUCUGACGACGACAGGGCACUUCUCUCUUUUUCCAUUGCUCUUCACACCACCAGAGCUUCCCAUUAAAAUACUGCUUAUGCUGCUGUUCACUGUUUACAGCUUCUCUUCACUGAAAUCUCUGUUCAGAAGAGAGAGGCCUCUCCUUAACUGGCUUGAAACAAUCUACCUCAUCCAACUAGUGCCUUUGGAAAUCUUCUGUGAAAUUAUAUUUCCUCUGACCCCCUGGAAACGACACUUUCCUUUUGUCCCUCUGUUGCUGACGUCUGUAUACUGUGCUAUGGGUGUCACCUACGCUUGGCUGAAACUCUACAUCUCUGUCUUGAUGGAGAGAAUUUCUGUUAGGCAAAAGGCUGAGUAA